AUGCCGCCAAAGCGAGGAAAGAAAGCUGCCGCACCUGCCGCACCUGCCGCACCCCCGUUGGACGGCUGCUGUGUCGUCUUCAGCGGCACCUUCCCAGGCCACUCGCAGUCCGCUCUCCUCGACCAAGCCGCUCGCUUGGGAGCCGCCACUGCCAAAUCCGUGACCAAAGACGCCACCCAUCUCGUCACCACUCAGGCUGACUUCGACAAACUCUCGAGCAAGGUGAAGGAAGCCCUGAACCGCGACAUCUUCCUUGUGAGCCUGGAGUGGCUGUUGGACUCAGAGCAAUCCAAUGCGAAAGCAGACGAGACACAAUACACCUUCCGCAAUGUUACUCCCAGCCCCAACCCCGCUUCAGCUCCCUCUGCAUCUCAAGGAACCGCCGCUCAGAAAGCCAAGGACUCCAAGAAGCGCCAGGCUUCCCCCGACGCCGACGCAACCUCUGCCGAUCAGCACGACUCCAAGAAGAAGAAGGGUUUGGAGAAAGAAGUCAUCCCCAACUUUGGCGAGGGUCAGAUUGCCAAAUCGCGAGACAUCGUGAUUCCCCUGGAUGAAGAAUGCCACCUCGUUGGCUACGGCGUUCACGUUGACCCUGAUGGCGUCAUCUGGGAUGCCUCUCUGAACCAAACGAACUCUGGAAACAACAACAACAAGUUCUACAGACUCCAGGUCCUGGGCAGUGCCUCUGGAAACUGUGUCACCUGGAGCCGAUGGGGCCGAGUCGGCGAACGUGGACAGAUGAAGGCCCUCGGCAACGGAUCGCUUGACGAUGCGAAACGCCAAUUUCAGGCGAAAUUCAAAGACAAGUCUGGCUUGCACUGGGAGGACCGCACAGCUCCUCCCAAGCCCAAGAAGUAUGUCUUCAUUGAGCGCAGCUACCAGUCGGACGAUGAGGAGGAAGAUGAGGGCGUCAAGACCGAGAAGGAUGGCGAGGGCCCCGAUUGCACUCUUGCACUUCCUAUCCAGAAGUUGAUGCAACUCAUCUUCAACACGCAGUUCUUUGCCGCCGCAAUGACUGAGCUCAAUUAUGACUCGAAGAAGCUGCCCCUCGGAAAGCUCAGCAAGGCCACCAUCAUGAAGGGCUUUCAGAGCCUCAAGGACCUCUCGGAGAUGAUCAACGGCUCAGUGCCUGCCAGCGCAUCGGAUAUCGAAGACGCGUCCAAUCUCUUCUACUCACUUAUCCCACACGACUUUCGUCGUAACCGCCCGCCCGUUAUACGCUCCGAGGAUGUUCUCAAGCGCGAGAUUGAGCUUUUGGAAAACCUGGCCGACAUGAAGGAUGCAUCGAACAUCAUGAAGGACGAAUCGGCAAACGGCGAAGUCUUGCAUACUCUGGACAAGCAGUACAGGGGUUUGGGCAUGCAGGAGAUGACGCCGCUCGAUAGGAGGAGCACCGAGUUCCAGGAGCUUGCAGCAUACCUCACAAGCACCCGUGGACACACGCACGGGGUGAAUUACACGGUCGACUCCAUCUUUCGCAUCGAGCGUCUAGGCGAAAAUGACCGUUUCGGCAAGAGCCAGUAUGCUGGUCCGGUCCGCGACCGACGUCUUCUAUGGCACGGUUCUCGUGCUACUAACUUCGGAGGCAUUCUCAGCCAAGGCCUGCGCAUUGCACCCCCCGAAGCCCCAGUGAGCGGCUACAUGUUCGGCAAGGGAAUCUACCUCGCUGACAUGUCAUCCAAAUCGGCCAAUUACUGCUGUUCCUACAUUUCGGGUGGCACGGCUCUGCUUUUGCUUUGCGAGGCUGAGCUCGGCAAUCCCUUGAAUGAACUGACGAACUCCGACUACAACGCGGGAGAGAAUGCCAAGUCCAAGGGUAUGUGGUCAACUUGGGGCAAGGGAAUGACAGCACCGCUGGGUUGGAAGGAUGCCGACUGUGUCCACCCCUCCCUCGCUGGUGUCAAGAUGCCGGACGUCAGCAUCCAGCCUGGAAAGACCAAUGUCCCGGGCGCUUUCCUGCAGUACAACGAGUUCAUCUGCUACGACGUGGCUCAAAUUCGACUCCGGUACCUCUUCCAGGUGCGAAUGUAA